AAAAAUUAUUUUUAACAAAAAAACUGGGACGGAGUAAAAACGUAAUUCUACAUGUGAAGUAGCGCCGGUGAAGUAGACUUUCUCCUCCACUUCAACUUCUCCACAAAAAGAUUUCUGUUUUCUAUAAUAACAGCAACAAACAAAGAUGAAAUAUUAGCUUUUGGUUUGGGCUGAUUGAGCUAUUUAUCCCAUAUAUAUUUUUGUGGUGAUAAAAGCCGAAUGGAGAAAAAAGGGAGCUCCAAGAUGAAUGUCGCCAUUAUCCAUCCCGAUCUCGGAAUCGGUGGAGCUGAAAGGCUAAUUGUGGAUGCUGCUAUGGAACUUGCUUCUUUGGGGCAUAAAGUUCAUAUUUUUACUUCACACCAUGAUAAAAAUCGAUGUUUUGAGGAGACUUUGUCCGGUGUCUUUGAUAUUACAGUAUAUGGUUCUUUUCUUCCCCGUCAUAUCUUCUAUCGGCUACAUGCAGUAUGUGCAUACUUGCGGUGCAUGUUUGUUUCUCUCUGCUUGUUGUUUAUGUGGCCUUCAUUUGAUAUAAUACUAGCAGAUCAGGUCUCUGUUGUCAUUCCUCUAUUGAAGUUAAAGAAGUCUGCAAAGGUUGUAUUCUAUUGCCAUUUUCCAGAUCUCUUGCUAGCGCAACAUACAACUAUUCUUAGGAGGAUAUACCGGAAACCUAUUGACUUCAUAGAAGAAAUAACAACAGGAAUGGCAGAUUUGAUCCUGGUUAACAGCAAGUUUACUGCAUCUACUUUUGCAUCAACCUUCAAGAACCUAGAUGCACGUGGGAUUAAACCAGCUGUUUUGUACCCAGCUGUCAAUGUGGAUCAGUUCGAGAAACCUAAUGCUACCAAGCUGAACUUUCUAUCCAUCAAUCGAUUUGAGAGAAAAAAGAACAUAGAAUUGGCAAUAUCUGCCUUUGCCAUGCUUCACGCCCAUGAAGUCCAUGAUCAUCAAGGAGUUGACAUGAAUGAUGUUUCCUUGACUGUUGCAGGAGGCUUUGAUUCUCGCCUUAGAGAGAAUGUCGAGUAUCUGGAAGAACUGAAAAAGUUGGCAGAAAGGGAAGGUGUUUCUCAGCGGGUCAAAUUCAUCACAUCUUGCUCUACUGCUGAAAGAAAUGCGCUCCUUGGCCAAUGCCUAUGUGUUCUUUAUACACCAAAGGAUGAGCAUUUUGGCAUUGUUCCUUUGGAAGCAAUGGCAGCCUAUAAACCUGUUAUUGCGUGCAAUAGUGGGGGUCCGGUGGAGACAGUAAAGCACGGAGUGACGGGCUUCCUCUGUGAUCCUAACCCAAAGGAGUUCGCUUCAGCAAUGUCUAAUUUUAUUCAGGAUCCUCACUUGUCUGAAAAAAUGGGGCAAGAUGCUCGUCAACACGUUGCUGAGUCAUUUUCUACCAAGAUUUUUGGCCAGCAUCUGAAUAGAUAUCUGGUUGAUGUUGCAAGAGGUAAAGAAGAAUAGUAUCCUUAAAAGCAAAUGGACCUUUUAGGAAGUUGUAGUUAAUAUUAACUCCUCAGGUGAUUGCACUAUACACUAAUUGUGAUACAAAAGUUGGGAAGACAAAGGUGCAGAGUACUUGUUAAGAAUUAAUAUUAUUAUGAGCUGUGGAAGUGUUUUCUCAUCA